CUCCCUCCCUCAGUGCUUUAUAGAUGCAUAUAAUCCCUGAGUUGACCCAGAAAACAAACUCCUCUGACUGCCGAGACGCCGCAGAGUUUGUAUCCGCCGCAGGGCUGCAUGUAGCCGGAGCAUCAGCUGGAGAAACGACCCCGGCAGCGACCCAACUUCUCCGCACAGGAUUCGACAUUAAUACAUCGGAGGGCGAUAGAAGCCAUGGCUGAACACAUGAUGAUGCCCAUGACCCACGGCUUCCGGAUGGGCAUGAAUGGACCUCAACAGCACAACGGCCAGCCCGGCCUGCGCACUCUGCCCAACGGCCAAGUGAUGCACUACGGCAGGAACCCUCAGAACAACAUGGAGGCCGCCAUGAGACAGCGGCAGAGCAUGGUGGGACCCGGCGGGAUGGCCGGCCCCUUGAACGGAGCUCCCAUGGCCAACCACCACCAGAUGAUGUCUGGGAACAUGAUGUACAAUGGCCAGGGUCCGCAACAGCAGCAGCAGCAACAGCACCACCAUCACAUGCACCCCCAGCAGCAGCAGCAGCAGCAACAUCAGCAGCAGCAGCAACAUCAGCAGCAGCAGCAACAACAACAACAGCAGCAGCAGGUGCAGCAGGGUGGACACCCGCAGCAGUACAUCCCUGGUAACCUCACCUCCCAGCAGCUCAUGGCCAGCAUGCACCUGCAGAAACUCAACACUCAGUAUCAUGGACACCCACUGGUCUCAGCCAACGGCCACCACAUGCCCAAUGGCGCUCAGUACCGGGUGGGUCCGGCCCAGCUAUCGGGCAUGCAGCACAUCGGCGGCCCUUUGGGUCAAAACGGCAUGGACAUGGAUCUGAUCGACGAGGAGGUUCUGACCUCGCUGGUGCUGGAGUUUGGGUUGGAUCGGGUUCAGGAGCUGCCCGAGCUCUUCCUGGGACAGAAUGAGUUUGACUUCAUAUCAGACUUUGUGUGCAAACAGCAGCCGAGCACGGUGAGCUGUUGAAGCGAAGCAUCCGGAAGCGGGUCGGGUUUGUUUGGACUGGACGCCACCCCCCCCCCACCCCCCACCCCGCCCCGCCCACCCAAAGAAUGACUGAGCGGUCACAGUAGCACAGCGGGAGGAGACAAUCUCUCUGUUCAGUUUGGGUGUUUUCUGUGUAUUUGACUCGUGCGCCUUCACACUGACCCGCCUGCGAGUUGAUGAAGAAUUGUAAAGGAGGGGGGGGGGGGGG